UUCAGCGUAAGAAACCUCCCUCCUCCUGCCGCUGCAUGAAAUUGUUUAAAGAGAGAGAUAUUAGUUUAUUAAAUGAAAGUUGUUAGCCAAACAGCAGUAUCGAUCAUGAAUAACUGACUUUAUUUUAUUACGAACAUCAAUAACUAUGGAUAUACCAUCAAACAGAGGUAUUUCCCCUGGCCUUGAAGGGGGAGAGGCCAAGCUACAACAACACCUGGUAUUGUUGAGGGAAGAAUACAAGAAGCUUCAACAACAUUGUGGCAACCUAGAGGCCAAACUAGCAUUGUGUUCUUCCUCUGACAAAUCUGUAGAGAACAGCUUCCCUUCCCGUCUCUACAAGACUGUCUCCAGUCUCUAUGACUCUGCUUUGUACAGUGACAUUAAGAUAAUACUCAAGGAUAAGGAGAUUCCAGGACACAAGCUGGUAUUCGCAUCUCGCAGUGUGGACUGGGCUGGUUCUUCUAUCAUGGAUGUCGCAUCUUUAGAUUGGUCUCAAAUAGAUAAAGGAGUGGCCCAAGCCCUAGUCAGAUGGAUCUACUCAGACCAAGUGGACUUCCCACAACCAGAUGAUUUUACCUUAUCCCUUAUGAAAAAUGCCAGCCAAUUUCACCUGGGUGAUCUAGUCAACCGAUGUGAGAAAGAACUGAUUGCUUCAGUAAGUGUCAAGAACUGUGUCAAAUACUACUCAACAGCUGAUGAAAUUGGUGCCGAUAAUCUCAAAGACCAUUGUUCUACACUAAUUUCUACUUACUGGGAUGAUUUUACAAGUGAAGAUUUUGAGCACAUGUCUGCGCCACUCCUCUACCAUAUGUUCAAGACUAAGACCAGAUACCCGUUACAUUCCGCAGUCCGGCUCAAGAGGGAGGACGUGGUGUUUUUAUACUUGGUUGAAAAUAGCAACCAGUUAUCCGUGACUCUCAACAGUGUGGAUGGUAAAGGAGAGCUCCCCCUAGACCUUGCCCUACAACAACGACAGACCUCCAUCGCUACAACCCUGCUGGAGAAUGGAGCCGACCCAGACUGUCGCAACUCUCAGGGCUGGACUCUUCUGCAUCGUGCAGUGGACAGAGGUGAUGACUAUGCAGCCAGGUUUCUUUUGGAACAGGGUGCCUCUGUGUCACUCACCACUCCUGAUAAUGGUGACACUGCUCUCCACAUGAUAGCAGCAUGUUCUCCUGAUACUACUAUGGAGGAGACCCUAACUGCGAUGGUUGACAUUGCCAAACUCCUGUUAGACCGUGGCCUGGAUCCUAAUCUGCAAAAUAAAAAGGGAUUCACGGCUCUUCACCUAGCAGUAAUGGCUCACAAUGAGGAGCUGUUCUCUCUGUUGCUCCUGCGUGCCUCUACGCAGCCAGUGGACCUAAACCUGCGCACCGCAGACGGACACACACCGCUAUGGUUUGCUCUCAUACGAACGACUAAUCAUUUCUACAACUGCAACAGCUUUGCUGCAAGGCUAGUUGAGAAGGGAGCAAUCCCUAAUCCAAUCUAUCCUCAAAAUGGCAACAGUCUACUUCACUUGGUCGCUUCUGAAGGAUUGGAAGAUGCUGGACUCUUCCUUAGUAGUCACAUCAAUAACAUUGAUCACAUCAACAGACAGGGAGAGACAGCCCUUCACAUGGCUUGUAAGAAGGACUUGAGCAGAUUGGUGACCAAGUUGCUGGAGUGCGGUGCCAACCCUAACAUCCAGACUUUGCCCCCUGAGUCAGUAGGACUAGAUGCAGAGGGGCCAGACACCCCCGUAUACAGACAAUCCCCGCUGCAUGUAGCCAUCUUUCACAGCAAUGUCAACGCUGUCAAAGCCUUCUUGGAGUACAAAGCUACAAUUGAAGACUCAAAAGACGCAGUGGUGGCUAACCUUAAUCUAAGAGACUCUGCCGGGAAUACACCUCUGUCCCUGGCCCUAGCUUGUGGAAUGCAAGCCACAGUGCCUCACCUCAUUCAAGGAGGAGCUGACGUCAACAUGCGCAAUGGUGCUGGUCUCUCACUUCUGCACCAAGCCAUCAUUAAACAAGAUGCUGAUACAGCCAUAUUCCUUCUCAACCAGGGUGCCAACAUCGAUGCCAAGACGGUUAACAACGAAACCCCACUGCAGCUUGCUAUCACUUACCACUUACCUGCCGUCGUAGAGGCACUGUGUCGCAGAGGCAUUGAUAUGUCUAUAGUAGACAGCAACAACAACUGUCCAUUGUGGGCUGCUUUAGAGGCUGAGCAAGAGGACAUAGCCUCUAUACUAGUCAGGCAUGGAGUGGACACGGACUGCUGGAGUGAAGGGCCAGAAGGCUGCUACCAAACACUUCUACACAGAGCUAUUGACGAAAACAAUGAACAAGUUGCUAAGUUUCUUAUCCAAAGUGGCUGUGACCUGAACAGUCCACGGAGAGCUGGUCCGGGGGGUAGAGGGGGGGAGGAGGCCCACGACCAACAAACUCCCCUCCACCUGUGCUGUCAGUGGGGGUUGGAGUCCGUCGUUCAAACUCUAGUAGAGCAUGGGGCUGAUAUCAAUGUUAAGGAUGCAGAAGGCAAGACUCCUCUUCACGCAGCCAUUCAGAACCAACACCCUUCCAUUAUCAGUUUGCUGUUGUGCCAUCCGUUCCUAGACCUGACUGUACCUGACAAGAAUGGGCUGACUCCGUUUGCCACAGCUCUUGUUUGUCGCAACAACAAAGCAGCUCAAGCCAUGCGUGACAAGCUACCCACUGCGGCCGAACAGUUUGAUACUAAAGGACGGAAUUUUCUUCACAUGGCAAUCCAGAAGAAUGACCUGGAGAGUGUGUUGUUCCUAUUGAGCAUUCAAGUUGACGUCAAUUCCAGAGUGAGGGAUGCCAGUCAGAGCUCACCACUACACUUGGCGGCUGAGGUGGGAAAUGAGAUAAUGGUGCGCAGUCUGCUACUGGCCGGGGCCAGGCCAGAUGAUAGAGAUGGACAUCGCAGGACAGCUCUUCACGUAGCUGCUGAGGCAGGACAUGCUUCUGUGGUGUCAGCACUUCUACAGAACGGAGCCGACUAUGACGCCACGGACAGUGAGGGGGACAAUGCAUUGCAUGUAGCAGUGAGAGAAGGCCACCUAGCUGUUGUUAGAGCUCUCCUGACAGAGUCCCGUCUGGACGCUGAAGCUGUGAAUCUGAAGGGUCGUAACCCACUACACACUCUGGCACGGUUCGCCAAGGACAAUGCAGCAACUAUCUGCGAACUCUUCCUCGAGUGCAUGCCAGAAUAUCCCCUGGAUAAACCAGAUCUGGAGGGAAAUACAGCUCUCAUCCUUGCGUACACCAAAGGCAAUGGUAACCUCUGUAGGACCUUGGUAAAGGCAGGGGCCUGUGUUGGGGCGAUGAACAAGGAUGGAAUUACUAUCUUCAACUACCAAGUGGCUUCCAACUCAAAGACUUUACUCAAAAGACUACUAGACAAUCUAUCACAAGAACCUCCGUGGGUAGAAGGCGACAUUUGUCUGGAAUGCGGAACCAAGUUCGGACUUACCAUGAGGAAACACCAUUGUCGACACUGUGGCAGACUUCUCUGUAGCAAGUGUUCUUCCCAAGAAGUUGCAAUCAUGAAGUUCAACCUUCAUAAAGCUGUAAGAGUCUGCACUGUCUGUUUUGACCUCUUGAACGUCGGAGUUUCGUAGUACCUACAAAACCUCCAAACAUACCAAAUGACUGUGCAUUUUAAUCUAUAUUCCUUAUUUGAAUGAAUUCAUAUUUUUCAUAUUUAUAUAAUCGUUACAAUAUUUUUUGUACUGCACGAAACAGCACGCUGUGUUUCGGUGUGAAGUGAUACAUUAUUAUGUAAAAUACCUAGAGUAAGAAUUAAUUUUUCUAAAUAUUCCUGAUUGUUUUUAUAUUUUGUUUUUAAUAUAGUUCUGUAAGCUUGCCCUUUGCGGAUCAAAGACAGGGGAUGUGGCUCUAAGACACUGACCUGUGUUUGCUAAUUGUGCUUUAAAGAGAUGCUAGAAUGUGUAUGAAUGCUUCUGAUGAGUUUCUAUAACCAAAGUUUCCAUAAAUGUAUGGUUUAUUGCAUGUGGAAUCGUACAUAAAAUAGCUUUAUUAAAAAUUGGGUUUACUUAUUCCUUGUAACCUCAGCCCUUAGGUGCUGUACACGGAGAGUUGAGCUCCCGCAAAGGGUUAAAGUAUUGUUCAUUUAUUUGUUAACUGCAUUUCAUGAGCUAUUUUGUAUUUAGUUUAAAAUAAUGUUUAGCAAUGAUAUAAUUAAUUCCUAUGUAUGUUUUGUUAAAUUCAAUAAAAUAUGUUAUAGUUA